UUGAAUGGUGGAUUAUAGUCACGUAUUUGUGGUAAAAUUCAAAAACGUCAACCAGACGGCAGGUUUCCUUCUCCUAUCUAAAAAAGACUUAAUUUCACAAUUAUCUACAAAAAUGUGUAUUUAUUUCUAACUUUCUAAUAAGAUAACCAACAACUGUAAUUCGUUGUGAAUUGUGUAGAAAAAUUACCGGAGUUUCGUUUAUUUUUGUUUUCGCCUCUACACGGUCGUAUAAAUUAAUUCAUAAACUCUAGAUAUUUAAAUUUAGAUUUCGGAAAGAUAUUUUAACGGAAGAAAGCAUGUCCCUACCAGAAGAAUUCCUUAAAUUUGAAGUCGAACAAGCGUUAUACUUGCAGGACAAAUUGAAGAGCAUUGAACCUUUGCUAGAGAUUGUCAGUAAGCAGUUUAGUCCUACCCAAGCUCAAUAUGUAAUUGGACCACUCCUCACUUCGUUAACUGGUGAAGCUUUAACCGAGUUUGUGUUUGCAACCACUUUAGCUGAUUAUGUGCAGUUGCUAUUGAAAUGGGCACUUCGAGAAGAUCGUCCCUUUUGGUGGAUCUACGAAACAUCAAUCUAUGAGGACACUGAACGACCAAAACUACGUCAGCAUCCCUUAACAUGUGAAACAUCGGCUGGUGGACCAUCAGGGCAUUCGGUUAUGAUGACUGUAAUCUUAUAUUUGCAAGGAAAAUGGCUGGCAAAUUAUAUAGAAAGGAAGACUGAAUGGAAUCGCAAAAUGAUAAAUGUCACUGUUACAUGUGGAAUGGCCAGCAUUUUGGCGUUAAUUUGGGCAGCUCGUGUAUAUUUCGGUACACAUUUUACACACCAAUGCUACGCUGGCACAACUCUCGCCCUCACGGUGAUGGGUUGUGUUGAAUAUGAGAAAUUGCGGAGGAAGAUGUUCGACGCAAAUAGAAAGCACGCUAUUGGUGUUGCAUUGGGCAUGAUGUUUGCAGCCGCAACUUUUUAUUAUGGGCUAGUUCACUUUGGACUAGAUCCUACGUGGUCCGUUCGAAAGGCCCUUAAAUAUUGCCAACGAGCCCAAAAUGUCAAGAUCGAAUCCACCCCAAUAUAUAAUAUUGUGAGGAAUUUGGGAUGUGGUUUUGGAGUUGCUAUAUGUGCUCCGUUGAGCAACAAGAUAAAACCGAGCAGUGAUCGUUGGAGGAGCAUACCCAUUACAGCUGGAUUCAUGUUAAUCAAUUCUAUUAUUCUAUCAAAGGCCCCAAAAGACCUGGGAAGCUGCAUGUUCCUAACUUAUGUUUUUGCCGCAUCUGCGUUCCAUUCAUACGCUAUGAUAAAACUAGUUCCCAAGCUGACAAAUCAGGAAACGGAAACCACCCAGGGGUCCAAACCAAAGGAACAGCCAGACUCUAAACCAAAAGUAGAGUCGAACGCUAAACCAGGAGAUAAAUCCGAAGAUGAACUUGAUGAACAAUCAGAUUCAGAAGAAGAACCAGAAGAAGAGCCCGAAAACGAAUCUGAACAGGAGCCAGAAACACAGCCAGAAGACGAAUCAGCAAAGGAGUCAGAAAAGGAGCCAGAACAAGAGAUAGAAUAAAAUUCAUUCAUUCUAAAAAUAAACAAAUGCUCAGAUGAAACUUAUUUAGUGCAGAUACUAGUAAAUCUUGCAUGUUCGUAAUUCGGACCAAACUACAAAACAGCAUCUUCCCUACAUUAAAGUGUUUAGUUGAAGGUCGUUAGGUAUUUUGAGCACGAAGUAAAACCGUAUCUGUAUUGCUGCCCCAGUGAAGUACAAGCAAAUGCCACUCAGCAAUAUCCAGUUUAAGUUUUACGAAGAAAACCUGUAAUGAUCUGCUUUGGGAAAUGCACUACUGACACGUUGCAAA